AGACAAAUUCCUUAAUAGAACACACGAUGUAAAUUCAUAAUGGUCUGUUGCUUACUGAGCACAAUCCAUCUUCACGACUAGGUGCAUGUGAGACAAGCCAUUACCCUUGCCACUUAUCUGGAUUAAGCAGCAACAGAGCUCACAUCUCCGCCGGCAACAAGACACAUUGUCACACACUUGCACACUCUUCAUACCUGUAUACCAUAUCGAGGUUGCCUUUUUGACUCUGCCAAUAGCGAUGGCGACUAAACAAAUGAAAAUCAGUUUCACAUUCGCUAACUCAAGCAUCGAGGCUCCGCCUCAAGACCCCGCGACGAGGGCUAGAAUCCGCAAACAGGCAAUCAAACAAGCCUUCGCUGCACGAAAACAAGACGGGACUCAGAAAAGGUACAACGUUCGACAGUCUCCAGUCUUUGUCAGAGACAAGCUUGUUGCGCCGUCCGUAUCUGGAAUCAACCUCUCCCGCUCGGAUACUGAAUUCAAAGUCAAUGUUGAAGAUCACAACGCUCUAGAAGUCGAUGACUUCUUUGCUGCAGAGGAGCCAAUAGAACCAGCUAGUGAUGAUAACGAGAUACCCAAAGUCGACCAUCUAUCAUUGGUCUUACGUGAAAGCCAAACACUCUAUGCGAAUGUUUCAGGCACAGGCUACGAGCAGAUAACCCACAAGUACGGCUUCAACAUUUUAGACCUAUCAGAUCUCGCAACCUUCCACGUCGGGCGAAGCACUCGCACUUCCCUCUCUUCGAACCCUUGCCAACUAGUCAACCUUCGGCAAUACCAGCCGUGGUCGUUCCUAUCUUUUCUCCCUAGUACCUACGAACACUUCCCGUGCAUCAGGUAUGCUGCCGAGUGCGUCGCCGCUCGUGUCCGUCAGAUUCUAUCCCCGGGAGAAGUUCACCACUCAACUGUCAUAGCCUUAUACGUGAAGGCUCUGAAACAUCUUCAAGAGGUGCUCAAUACUCCCAAGAGAUGCCUCAAGCCGGAAGUUUUGUUUGCGACUGAGAUCAUGGCCAUCUAUGAGCUCUUAGCAACAUCCGACGAAAUUGCAUGGGUUCGCCAUGCAGCUGGUGCUGCGCGCUUGAUUCAAUUUCGAGGUCCUGCAAACUUUACGACAGAAUUCGAAAAGGCUUUGUUCAUGGCCCACGCUGGCGCAAUUUCCAAUGAAGCUCUCCUAAAAAACGAGCGUUGCUUCCUCGAAGAGGACCAAUGGCGCGACGUCUUCCAGUCCAUCAUAGUCAGAGACUCAGCCAUAUCGGAUCGUAGCGAAGCCGCCAUCACCAUGUUAAUGAUCAAGAGCUCCGCCCCCGGAAUCGCAAAAGACGUCACCAGCGCCGUCGUCCAACAACUCAGCACUGAUUCGCCCUUCGUCAUCGCCGUCGCAGACCGAGCUCGCCAGCUCCAUGCGACUCUUCUUUCAUGGCACGAUAAUUACAAAGAACUCCUCGGAGAUGAUCCUUCGGAUAUCUGCACUGCUACUAUCGAAGGUGAUAGCCGCUGCAAGAUCAUGGGUGUGUAUCUCUCGUGUAUGGUGUUGGCAAAUCGCUUUAUGGCUGCUGUGUGUCCAUUGGAGCAACAAGAACGAGAAGAAGAGGCGCAGGAGGUGGUGAAUAGGAUCUUCGAGCUGCAGAAGCAUGUAUCUAGAGUUCGUCCACAAGCAUGUCUUUAUUUGGUGCAAGCGGUUGGCCUCGCGCGUGUCACGGCAGUUACGACGCAAGAUUGGCAAUGCAUUUCAGAGUCCAAAGACGCAAGCUUUGGUGGUCCGAGGAGGGUCAUUAGUCGAUGGAGAUUUGAGCGGUGGUGUGAGCUUUUUGGGCGUAAGACGUCUUGA